CCUGUCUUGGCUGUCUUGGACACCCAGUGUUUUUCUAGGAAGCUUUGCACUUUCGGUUUCAAACUGAAGCUGAUACCGAUUAUUUUGACAGGGGUGCCUUUUUGUUUUCUGGUGAUAGCAGUGUUUCCAAUUCAUGUGCAGGAGAACAAGGAAAUAAGAGACUCGGGGGUAUAGACACCAUCUUCAGAACGACCUAACUGGUACAAUUUCAACAACAAGAAGUGCUCAGAAUCACAAAAAUUCUACGUACAGCUUUAUAAUUCCCUGAGUAUCUGUUCUUGAAGAAAAAGGACCUGGCACAGUAUUUAAUAUAUGUGUAGUUCAACCACAUGUCAUAUAGCCCUAACAUGGAAAGAAAUAAGGAGACCGAGAUUGAGAAGCCUUCCAGUCCACUGAAAGAUGAGCUCAACCCUCUAGCUGACACAAGGGAUGAAAAUAAUGCUCCAAGCAACCCUCAGAAAUGUGAAGUAAAUGAAACUGUGGAGCCAUCUACCUCUGGGAAACAAACUGAUGAAACUUGUGAGGCAGAAGACGUAACAGAUGGUGCCACUUACUUCUGUCACUUUUGUUCAAAACUGCCACCAGACAGAGCCACUGUCUUAUGUGAAAGUUGCUGCUUUUUCUACUGCGAAAGCUGUGCUAAAGAGUUGCAUCCCAACAGAGGGAAGUAUGCUGACCACUUGCUCCUCAAUAUCGAAAAUAAUCCGCCUGAUAAAUAUGUCUGUUCGAGCCAUAACCGGCGCCUGGAGUUAAUAUGUACACACUGCUGUCUGCACUGCUGUACCGAAUGUGCCAAUUUUGGUCGUCACAAAUUUCACAAUGUAAUCAAAUUACAAGAUGCAGCUGUUGAAAUGAAGGAGAAAGCUGAAUUGGGAUUUGACCAGGUACAGCACGCCUUGGAGCCAUUAGCAGAUUUUCCCAGCAAAAUUUUAGUUGAGAAAGGAAAAAUCAUAAUGAAGAAAAAUGCAGCAUGUGAAAAGGUCAAUGGCCACUUUGCAUCUCUUUACCAUGUUUUAGAAAGAUUCGAAAAAAGCCUUCUUCUUCAGAUUGAUGAGGAAGCAGAUAUGGCGGAAGAUAAGCUGGACCAGAUGUUAGAAAAAUAUUUUAAAGCAACAGAAGAAGUGAAAGACAUGGAUGAAAGUUUGGUUAACAUUGGCAAGGAGAGAAAUAGCAAGCACAUCCUCACAGAAGGAACUGCCAUGUUAAAGCGGGCAGAUGAAGUUCUGGGAACACUAAAAGAACUAGACAAGAUGCAACAGUUUACACCAGAGGGCUGUGUAGCAGAGGAUUUACAGUUACCACCCAUAGAUAAACCAACUGCAGACAGAGGAAUUCUCCAGCCUAUAAACAAGGAAAUCAGUUCACUAUUUCAAGCUCCAGAGCCGGUACGUCUUAGGCAGGAGACCUUUGUCAUCUCGGAUUUUGAACUUCAUUUUAAGCGCCUGUUUCCCUGCAGCUACUUCAUUUUACCACCCAGGGAAGAAAACCUCAGCCUUAUGCAAAGAACGACGUAUUUCCGUGCUGAAGUGGCAAAUGAUGACAACUCUGAAGUGUACACAGAAGUGCCUUUCUCAAAAGAGCUGACCAUCAAUGACACUCUUUUUGUAUGUGGAAAUAAACAACUUUUCGUUCUUGGGCGAAAAGAGACCACUGGACUUGGUGCCAAAGAAGUGGACAAAAGUCAGACAGAGAGUGGACAAGGGAGCACACGUCAGCUUGGUAGUGGACAAUCGGACAAUGAUCAAUCAGUGACUGGUCAAGAGGGCACCUGCUCACCACAGAAUGAACGACAGAUCAGCAGUCAACAAAGGAUGAAACCACACAAGUCGAGUCAGUUGAAACAUGGGGGCCAAGCAGAUGAUCACAGGGAGAAGGGAAAAAAUGCCUUAAAACAGCAGAAAACUGAGAUCAGCCAAAGGGGGAAAGGUCCAGUAAAAAAUGACCAGGCAAGGGAAGAACAGCAGGACAGUGGUCAAGAAAUUAAGGUCCAACCAGGUCCUUUACGGGACCCUGCUUGCGGUCAGUUGAGACCUGGGUCAACUUACCGUGUUAAGGUUACGCCAUAUUAUCAAGGCUCAAAAAGUGGAGUGCGUGUGUUUGGAUCAACUGCCACAUUCACUAUAAAGACUGGCAAUGAGUUACAUGUACCACUUUAAAAAAACCUUUUUCUCCCUCUUAUUUAACUCUUAUACUGUAGGGCAAUUUUUUGCCUCAGGAUGAAACAAGUUUUGCCAAUGACAAGCACAAGUUGACGGCAUGUGUAGCAGAUAAAUCAUUUAACUUUAUAAUCAUUAAAUAAAUUGCAAAUUAAGAAAAAAAAAUUGAGAACAGACUAGUUACCUUUAGAAAAGCAAAAGAUGGUAAUGACUUUGAUUUAUAAGCAUUAGUAUAAAAACAGUAAUAGAAUUUCUGUUGUGAUCAUUUUUAAUUACUUAUUUCAUUUUUUAUAUGAGAGUCAGCAUCCUUUUUCUUCCCAGUUGAUUAAUUGGCGAUGUCAUAUACAGGGUUUGAUGCCUCUCUUACAAAAUAUCCAGGCCCCAGUUUCACAAAAAGAAACUCGAGUCAGUUCCCCGCAGGUUUAGUUGACUAGGAUUUCCAUGAGAGUGCUGUUACACUGCUCAUGAUAGGGCAACAUGUGACCAUGUAACCUUGGUAAUUAAGUUCUUAGUCAGGGAAACUGGGUCCAGGUUUUUAAGUCGUCAGUCUCUGAUAGUGUACCAUUAUAGACUGUGUAACUCAAGUAUAUUGCUCAAUGUAAACAGGGUCAUAUUCUCCAGGGCCCGGUUGCACCAACAGGGCGUAAAUUUACUCGGCUACGACUGUCGUAAACAGCAA